AAAUAAAAACUGAAAGUGAAAAGAAAAUCAGCCACAAUGAUUAUCAGCACCGCAUAACAAAAAUCAAACACCGUUAUCCCUCACUUCCUCUCUAUCUCUCUCUCGCUGGACUCUACAACGCCAGAUUCAGAUUCUUCCACCAAUCAAUCCAAUUUUCAGUUGCCUGCACCAACUUCAUUUUAAUAUAAUAUAUUAUACUAUAUCCAUGUAAAUUAUUUACGAACAUUUUUGCAUGCGUCUCGUAGCGGGAGCAGCUGAAGCCGGCAAUUCGUCCCACUGUGAAACGUCAACAUCCAUUGCUGACGUUGACCACAAUUUCUAGGGUUCUUUGUUCUUUUGUAUAGCUAUUAUCUGUAUCUGUAGCCCUAUAUAAUUAUCUAUAACUAUUCGAAGUGGAUCGGGAACUUGAACCAAUGGCGUCUGCAAGCGCAACUCCUUGCCGCGACGAAGAGGCGCCACUCGUCGCCGCCGAUUCCUCGCCGGUUGAAGCAAUCAAGACCAAGAGCCACACUAAGGAUGUUCAUAUUUUGAGCUUGGCAUUUCUCUUGAUAUUCCUUGCCUAUGGAGCUGCUCAGAAUCUUCAGAGUACUCUCAACACUGAGGAGGACUUGGGGACUACGUCGCUUGGGAUCCUGUAUUUGUCUUUCACGUUUUUCUCGGUGGUUGCUUCAUUGGUGGUGCGGGUUCUCAGCCCCAAAAUUGCUUUGAUUAUUGGUUCAACUGGUUAUUGGUUGUAUGUUGCUGCAAACUUGAAGCCAAAUUGGUAUACACUGGUUCCAGCCUCUUUGUACCUCGGGUUUUGUGCUUCAAUAAUAUGGGUUGGACAGGGAACAUAUCUCACAUCCACUGCACGCAGUCAUGCUACAGAUUACAACUUGCAUGAAGGUGCAGUAAUUGGUGAUUUCAAUGGGGAAUUCUGGGCUGUGUAUGCACUGCAUCAGUUUAUUGGAAAUCUCAUCACAUUUGCUCUAUUGAGUGAUGGCCAGGAAGGAACUACCAAUGGCACUACUGUAUUGUUUGUUGUAUUCCUUUGUGUUAUGACCUUUGGUGCAGUACUAAUGUUCUUCCUGACUAACCGGAGUGGUAACAGUAAGGAAGAAUAUGAACUUUCAGGUGCUGGUGUUUGUUCAUCCAUUAAAUCCCUAUCUAGAUCACUUACCAGUGCAUUGUCUGAUGUAAGAAUGUUGUUGACCAUACCCCUCAUUGCAUAUUCGGGUCUACAGCAAGCAUUUGUGUGGGCUGAAUUUACCAAGUAUGUUGUGACCCCUGCAAUUGGUGUUUCUGGUGUCGGCAGUGCAAUGGCAGCAUAUGGGGCUUUUGAUGGAAUAUGUUCUCUGGCUGCUGGUCGACUCACCACUGGUCUUGCUUCUAUUACGUCCAUAGUGUCAGUAGGAGCAUUUGUUCAGGCACUUGUAUAUAUCUUACUUCUUCUAGAUGUCAGCAUGUCUAGCGGAUGGGUCAGUACCCUAUACAUACUCUUUUUGGCUGCAUUAUUGGGCAUUGGUGAUGGAGUUCUGAUGACACAGCUCAAUGCGUUGCUUGGAAUGCUAUUUAAACAUGACACGGAAGGGGCCUUUGCGCAGCUAAAGAUAUGGCAAAGCGCUACAAUUUCUAUAGUAUUUUUUGCGGCACCACACAUCUCAUUCCAAGCAGUGCUCAUGAUAUCGCUGGUGUUGCUAUGCUCCUCAUUCGGCAGUUUUCUGUGGCUAGCUCUCAAGGUGGCUAAGACACCCUCAUCCACUCCCCGGGAGUGAAUUCAACGCUGUACAACUGCAAGCAUAAUAGAUCCAGUAUAAACUAUAUGAUCUCUAUUUUUGCCUAUAUACCCUAUCUAUCCAUUGAAACUACCUCUUUUAUUUAUGGUGACAUUUCUUGCGGUUCAA